AUGCGUCUGGCUGCGCAACAGGACGCAGAAGCAAAUGCAGAGAAGCGUGUGGCAAGCGCAAAGCUUAAGAUGCUUCCUGAGGUGGAGAAGAUUUUGCGCAGUCAAAUGCUCUACGACAGUAUUCUCGACAACAACAUGCUGACCUCUGUGAGACAUUGGCUCGAACCACUGCCAGACCGUUCGCUUCCAGCUCUCAACAUCCAGCGUGUCUUGUUUGACGCCUUGUCUCGAUUGCCAAUCAAGACGGAUCAUCUUCGCGAAUCUGGUGUCGGCAAGAUUGUUUUGUUUUACAAAAAGUCAAAGAAGCCUGAGGAGUCGAUCCGCCUGAUCGCCGACAGGCUUGUCUCAGAAUGGUCAAGGCCCAUCAUCAAAAAAUCGGCCAAUCAUCGCACAAAGCAAGUG